UCGCGUCUAUUUUGACAAAACAACUUUUCUUUCCCGUUGUCUCUYCAUCUUCUUAACAUGGCUCCGCUGUUGAGAGCAACAGUCAGCUUUGUGUUAUUUCAGAUUCUUUUCGCAAAUAGAUACGUUAAAAGCGGUGAUUCAUGUCCCAAACUAGAGAAAAUUGGAUGCUUUGUGGACACACUCAAACCCAGACCUCUACCUGAAUUGUUGAUUAACGACCGCGAUCCAACUCAUCCUGCAUACAGCGGUCGGAUGAUAGAUUGGUACAACUUUGAUCACUAUCUCAAAGAUUUCGUUUGCCGCUGUGCAGACAAGACGAAGGCUCGUGGGUAUGAGUAUUUUGGUCUACAGUUUUAUGGAGAGUGCUGGAGUGGACCAAACGGCCAAUCACGCUUUUCAAUGCAUGGCCCUUCUAACAAAUGCAUCAUGGGACUUGCUUUACCUCCGAUGUAUUGUAAUCGCACUAGUGCCAGACCCUGUGUCGGUGUCCCAAACACUAAUUACAUUUACAAGAUAAAAACCGCUGAUACCAAAAGCCCUCAAGAUGGAAACUGGUCUCCAUGGGGACCGUGGACGUCAUGCAGUAAAACGUGUGGGUCUGGGACUAAAUUACGUGAACGAGUUUGCUCCAAUCCUCCGCCAGAAAACGGUGGAAAAAUCUGCGUCGGAAAGAAAACCGAAGAAGGAAAGUGUACAAUCGGAAAAUGUCCAUCGCGCUGUCGCCGUGACCUUGACCUUGCUCUAGUACUUGAUUCAUCAAGUAGUAUUGGCCAGUCGAGGUAUAAAAUCGCUAAAGAAUUUCUCACUGACUUACUGAUGUACACACAGGGAUCAAUCCAGGGCACAAGACUUGCUAUUAUAGUAUACAAUCAAAAUCCUUACGUCCAGAUAACCUUUAACCAAAGUGCGGCGUUCCACAUGCGAUCUGGUGAGCUGGCCAAACUGGUACGCAGUCUUCCCUAUUUGCGCGGCGGAACUCGUACUGACAAGGCUUUACAAGAGGCAGCUAAGGAUAUCUUCACUUCACAUGGUGGCGAUAGAUAUGAUGUACCGAAUGUUCUUCUUGUAUUGACAGAUGGAAGAACUAACAAUCAAAGCAAGCCUUACCAGGAUGCUUUACGGCCCUUGAGGGAUCGUAAAGUAGUCGUGAUUGCUGUCGGUGUUGGUUCGGGAAUUAAUCGGCCCGAACUGCUGCAAAUAGUCAUGGGAAAACAAGAUCGAGUGUUUUCGGUGUCAGACUACAGGGAUCUUUACAUUAAACUGAGUGACAUUGUGGACAGUGUCUGUCACGUUAAUUAAAAAAAGCUAUCUUUUUUCUUGCACUAUCAUCGAAGUUAUGUGAAGGAACUGUAUUAACUUAUAUAUAUUCUUUCUUGUUAAAUGGAUGUGUUGGGGCGCAAAGGUAUAUGGGAAUUAAACAUGUAUGAGUCACUUUUCUUGAUUACAAAUGAUGCAUAAUUAUCACGUUU